AUGGAUUCAAACACACAAUAUCAACCACUCAUUGCUCCUCAACAACAACAAUAUCAACAAUACCAAGUCCCUCCACAACCAGUUUAUACUCAACAACAGCAACAACAACCUCUUACAACGGAAGAUGAGUCAACGAUGUCUCUUUUGAUGUUUGCUUUUGGCUUCUUGUGUUGUUGUUUGUGGUGUGUCGGCUAUUGCAAAUACAAGUCAUCUACUAAUAGCAACGCUCGUCUCUUUGCUAUUCUUUCGUUGGUCUUCUUUAUCAUUUCAACAGUAGCCGUUUCGUUAUCGAUGGUCAUUCUUGUCAUUUAUUUGAUCAUCUUCUUUGCUAUUAUGGCUACUGCCACUACUAAUUACUAA